AUGGCGACCCCGGACGCGGCGCCGCCGGGGGCUGAGGGCGCGGGGCCCGCGCCCUGGGCGCAGCUGGAGGUCCCCGCCCGGCUCCUGCUGCGGGCGCUGCAGGACCAGCUUCCCAGGCUGCAGCAGCUGCUGAAGACCGUUGGGGAGGGGCUGGAGGGGUUGGAGGAUGCCCCCCCAGUUGAGCUACAGCUUCUGCACGAAUGCAGUCCCAGCCAGAUGGACCUGCUGUGUGCCCAGCUGCAGCUCCCCCAGCUCUCGGACACAGGACUCCUGCAGCUCUGCACCUGGCUACUGGGCCUGUCACCAGAUCUUAGCUUCAGCAAUGCCACUGUGCUGACCAGGAGCCUCUUCCUUGGACGGAUCCUCUCCCUGACUUCCUCAGCCUCUCGCCUGCUUACGACUGCCCUGACCUCCUUCUGUGCCAAGUACACCCACCCUGUCUGCAGAGCCCUCCUUGGCCCUGUGCUCCAGGCCCCAGGCAUAGGUCCAGCUCAAACAGAAUUACUGUGUUGCCUUAUGAAGGAUGAGUCCCUGGAGCCAGACGCCCUGGUUCUAAUGCUGGGACAGAUCUUGGAGCUGCCUUGGCAGGAGGAAACUUUCUUGGUGUUGCAGUCACUCCUGGAGCGUCAGGUAGAGAUGACCCCUGAGAAGUUCAGUGUCUUGAUGGAGAAGCUCUGUAAAGAGGGGCUGGCAGCCACCACCUCCAUGGCCUAUGCCAAGCUGAUGCUGACAGUGAUGAUCAAGUACCAGGCCAAUAUCACUGAGACCCAGAGGCUGGGCCUGGCUGUGGCCCUAGAGCCCAACACCACCUUCUUGAGGAAGUCCCUUCAGGCCGCCUUGAGACAUUUGGGCCCCUGACCACACAGCAAGGGACCACCCUCCUGGAGCUCCAUCAGCUUCCUGAAGGACAUUUCUGCCUUGGCCACCUUUCCCUGAACCCUUGCCUGGGGAUAAAGGCUGAGCCUGGCCAUUCCAGGGACCAGCUGCCUUCCUGUUCCAGGCUGCAGAGAGGCUAUCUUGGCUUCCCAGCUAGCAGGGAAGCUUCUGGCCUAAGGGAGCUGGAUGAGCUAUAUUUUC